AAAAAAAAGGAAAAGCCGCAGAAGCCGCUGAAAAUUGGGAGUAACCCGGCCCACCCCACCACGCAUUAUCCUAGAAAACGGUGGGAAAUCGGCGAGAAAAAAAGGGCGAAAUCGAAAUCAGAUCAAAUCGACGCGACGGCGAGAGAACCCCAACAAAAACAAAGGCGGGCAGAGCCGCAGCCGCCGACGCCAGCACAUCCUCCAUUCCGCCUCCUCCCCACCUUCACCCCCACCUCCCGUCUCCUCCUCGGCUCCUUCCAAAUCCACACACUUCCGCCGCCGCUAUCGCCACCGGUCACCAUCCGUCCGACGAGGAGGGAGUGAAAGGGGCGGGCGGGAGGGAACCCUAGAUGACCCGAUCCAGGGUCGGGACCAGAGAGAGCCUUCCGGAUUGCGCCUUCGAUCGCUGCCUCGCCCCCGCCACGGCUGCCUAGGGUUCCCGCGCCUGUAGAUCGGGUUUGGGGGACGAGGAAGGGGGAGUGCCAAGUAAUGAUGGGGUCGAGGCGCUCCAAGCGCGUUUCGUGGGCCACCGGGGCCAAUCUCUGCAAGGUAAGGCUUUUUCUUUCGGAGGAUUCCCCUUCUCAAGCUGGAUUAAGACCGCAGGACAAUCUCCAAGCAAAAGGCUCAUGGUUAAUGCAUGCAGCUGGCCCAAGCUCAGAUGAUUCGCUGCCACCUGGCUUCGAAUCGUUGCAGCCAACCAGCGAUCUCAAAAUUGACAUAUCCCAAAUCCCUCUUAUUAGGUGGAGAUGCCCACCACAGAUAUUGUAUAAUCCUGAUUGGCUUGUUGUUGCUGGGGAAGAAAGUGAGGAGGUUGCCUUGCAGAAUGAGAGGAUAUUUGGAGCACUUGAGGCUAUAUAUCCGCGGCCAUCGAACAUUCCUCCAAACCCAUUGGUUACUCCUGAUGUGAAAGACUCCCAAUUUGAUGAUUCCCGAACCCAGUUGGUUCCGUUGAUCCCAGUUGAAGAGGAUGAUGCCUCUGACCAGUUGGAAGAACCACCUGUUGGUCUACCAAGUAGUCACCACCAGUCAGAUAAGUAUGACUCCGCAAUAUUCAGGGCACCACCAGCCUCAGAUGCUCCCUUUACACAGCCGAAUGGUUCCAUCAAUGCAACAAGGUCUGGUGCCCCCGUUGAGCCGGAUGCAGUGGCUGCUGCAUCUGCCGCUUACACUGCAAUUAUGCAAAGCAACCAAAUGGGAAACAUGAUUGACCAAGAUCUGCUUAUCAAAAUAUUAAGUGACCCUGCCCAAAUUGAGAGGUUGAUGAAAGAAUAUGGUGCGCUUAAACAUGAACAGUCAACCAACAGUUCUGUCGUCCCAAUGGUGCAAGGUCCACCGCCCCAGAUGACAGCCAGUGUUCCUGUCUCCUUCCCAGAUCAUAGCACUACAUUUCACAAUGUAAACCCUACACUGCCACCUCCACCUGUUUUGAAUCAUCUACCUCCAGCUAUUCCUUCAGGUACCAUGAAUGCCCCAGCAAGUUCAAGUCAAGCAAUUAGUUUUCCAAGUGGCCCAGCCAGGGGUUUGAACUAUUACCAGUCCCUGAUCCAUCAGCAUGGAGGGGAGAGGCAGGAGCCACUUCAACAGCAUGGAAGGCAGUUUGCAAUGCAUCACCAGCCUGUUGCGUCACAGGCUAGUGCCACUGAUAUUGUCAGUAGUGGUACUAUGGCAGCUAGGGAUAAUAAGCAAAGGCCUACGAAGCCUUGUGCUUACUUUAACAGCGCAAGAGGAUGCCGGAACGGUGCGAACUGCACGUUUCUGCAUGAUAUGUCUGCCGCAAGGAAAGAACAGCCGAAGGGAUCCAAAAGGAUUAAGCUAGACAGCAGAAUAGCCGGGCGGUAUUGAGGGGCUGCUGCCUGUUGAUUUUUGACUGUUCUUUGGUUCAAAAUCCUUAUUUUGCCUUUUUUUCCCUUAAAAAAAUGAUUCAGUAAAUAUUGCGCAACAGCUCUUUGUUUCUUUCUCUUGGCUCAUUUUUCUUUGUUGACUAAAAGAAAAUGUUUUAGAAGAAAGAAAAAUAUCCCAUGAUUAAUUCGAGCUAUGUCGUGGUCA